AGCAACACUGUAACAAAGUAAAUGCUUACAGUGAAUCAAUGUGUGUGAGAAUCAAUCAUCCGCCUCGUGGGUGGAACUUUCCCAAAGCUUAUCGUUUGUUUAUAAAAAUGUGUUUUUUGAUCUUGUCACACUAUGCAUUUUAUCUAAAUUUUAUGAAUUAAUAAAAACCCACGGAAACAGCAGGGAAGUAAAAUAUACACAUAACCGUUUGCGAGAUCCCACAACUGAUUACAAACUAUAAACAAAUGUACUUCCGGCCUGGAUGUGUUCGCCUAAACGGGCGUCGCUGUUUACAGUUGAACCAGACAGCGGCUCAUCGUUCUCGUUUCCCCCUCAGCGCUGCGUCCUCCAUUACGGCUCAUCGUGCAGCGUCUCGGGCCUCGACGCGCAGCUCGCGCCGCGCCGCUGCGGGACCGGACCGGAGCCGGGACCGGGACCGGGACCGGAGCCGGGACCGGGGCCUGCGCGGCGCCCGCAUCCCGUCCUCCCCGCGGGGCCGCGUCAGUCUCCUCCCACCGGGGACGGACGGACCCCCGGACGGCAGCGCCUGCCCCGGCACACAUCGAGCCACGACUGGACCGACGGUUCUGGACGGGCACGCGCAGCAUAAAAGCGUAAUGGGCGUUUGUCGGAAUUACACUGAUGCGGACAGAACAGAACAGAACAGAACAGAACAGAACACAGCGUUGUAAUUGUGCUGGCGCUAAUGGAUCUUAAUUAAAAGCAGCUUCGUUCAACCACGCUGUUCUUGUCCGUGCGUGGAUGCGCUUUUCUGCGGUAAACAAGCUGGAGUAUCGGCGAGCCGCCACGUGGGUGAACGACAGAAAGGACCGUGUUAAUGUGCUCACACAAACUCCUUAACGCUGCCGGGGUCCAGAAUGUGCCGAUCAGCAAAACGUCCACUGUCCGGAAAGUGAAGCGUGUGACAGGAAACAGCUGCUCAGCAUCACUGUCACUUAUAUGGAAGCCCGUCAUCUGACGUCUCUGCCGACAAGUGGAGCAGAGCCUCGGAGCAGGAAGGCAACGAGUCGGGCCAGAGGAUGUCUGGUCGGUCCGUCCGGCCCAUUAGCUUCCAGAGACAUGGCCUGGAGUGUGUAGACGCUUCAAGCCACUGUGUUCUGUUCUGUUGAGUCUGCAGUCACCCUUUUCUGGAGCUUCUCCAUCAAACCUGCCGGGUCGCCCCGCGGAGGACAUGGGCGGCGCCGCCGCCCGGCCCCGUCCGCCGGUCGCACAAUGACCCAGAGGAACGGAAACGGGCUCGCGGGCGGUCGGCUGCUCCGUCCCGACGCCGCCAUGGACCAGAAGGUCCGCGAGAGCGGCGACGGCGAGUCGCAGGAGAACGGGCGCCGGCCAGCGCCGGGUCCAGCGCCGGCGCCGGACGGAGGCUGGGGCUGGAUGGUGCUGGGGGCCACCAUCCUGGUGCUGGCCCUCACCCUGGCCUUCCCCUCGUGCGUGGGGAUCUUCUACACGGACCUGCAGCACGAGUUCCAGGCCUCCAACAGCGAGACCUCGUGGGUGCCGUCCAUCAUGACGUCCGUGCUCCAUGCAGGAGGUCCGUUCUGCAGCGUCCUGGUGGAGCGGCUGGGCUGCAGGGCCACCGUCAUCCUGGGUGGGGUCCUGAGUGGGCUGGGGAUGGCUGCCAGCGCGUUCACCCACUCCAUCACCCAGCUUUACGUAACGGCCGGCGUCGUCACAGGGCUCGGCUUCUGCUUCAGCUUCCAGCCGGCCGUCACCAUCCUGGGCCACUACUUCGUGCGGCGCCGCGUCUUCGCCAACGCCAUGUCGUCCACGGGCACGGCCCUGGGCCUGUGCACGCUGCCCCUCCUGGGCAACUACCUCCACAUGGAGUUCGGGUGGAGGGGGAGCUUCCUCAUCCUGGGCGCCGUCCUGUUGAACUGCUGCGUGUGCGGCGCCGUCAUGAGGCCCCUGCAGCCGCCGAAGAACCGCGGGUCGCAGCCGCCAGAGGAGGAGGAGGAAGAGGAGGAGGAGGAGGGCAAGGCCAAACGGAGGGCCAGGAGCGUGUGUAGCAGCCUGCUGGCGUCUCUUAGCAAACACAUGGCGUUCGAUCAGUUCUGCAACAACCGGCGCUACUGCGUGUACUCGAUAGGCAUCACCUGGAUGAUGCUGGGCUUCGUGGUGCCCCUCAUUUACUUAGUUCCCUACGCCACGGCCAACGGCAUGGACCAGAACCGCGCCGCGCUGCUGCUCUCCAUCCUGGGGAUCGUCAACAUCGUGGUGCGGCCGCCCGUCGGCGUCGUGUUCAACAUGCCCAGGUUUAAAGGGCAGCACGUUUACAUCUUCGCCUCAGCGCUGAUGGUCAACGGGCUCAGUAACAGUAUCUGCUGCAUCGGGCCCAGCUUCCCGGUCCUGCUGGCCUACGUGGUGACCUACGGCCUGUCCAUGAGCGUGGUGGGCUCGCUGAUGUUCACCGUGCUCAUGGACACGGUGGAGAUGAGCCGCUUCCCCUCCGCGCUGGGGCUGCUCGCCAUCAUGGAGAGCGUCACGCUGCUCAUCGGGCCCCCGCUGGCAGGAAUCCUGGUCGACAGCACGGGCCUGUAUUUCCACGUCUUCCUCGCCUGCAGCGCCGUGGUGGCCUCGUCCGCCGUCUUCCUCAUCGUGUCGUUUUACUGGCUGGACAGAAAGGACCAGAAGGCUCUGGAGCAGGGUCGAGCGUCCGCGCCGCCCGACCCGCCCAGACCCGCUGUGGAUGUGGCUCCGCACUGCCACUACCGCAGCCUGCCCACGGAGGGCGACAAAGGCAGGGCCUCGGCCAACGGGGCCGAGAACAUCACCAGCGUCUGAGGCGCCUUCGACCCUCACAUCAGCUGCACCUCAAGGAAUAGUUUGUACAGUUUGAUCUUAGACACCAAAAUCAAUACAUGUGCACGUACAACUACUAGGUGAUUGUACUGUUUAUGCUGCAAAAUCAACCUCUACAUGAGCUAUCUCACGUCAGUCUAGGACAUCACCGCAGACCUUCUGUUAUAGAAAUCAUAGAUCUGGUGUGAGUGCACAAGUGCAUGAUCCCCAGAUCCCAUCAUGCACGGAGCACCACGGCAGCUUUUAUGUCACAGCACGUCCGUUACAGUUUUGCUUCGUGGCCUCGUGCUCAUAGAGGAGUCACUGUGCUUCAGCAGGUAGUGCAGCCGUGCACCAAACAGCACAGAGAAAUCACCUCCAUCAGACUUUGGAUGCAUUCAAUGUUUAAUCGUUCAUGUCAUUGCAUUUGUUAUGGAAUUUAUUGACACACGUACUGUUUACUGAACCUAGAACCUAAGCAUCUGUUAGAGGAGACGUAGUCAGUUUGGGGGAUUUACUAAAGGACUGUUUGCUAGUUUUGAAAAAUUUUUUCACAAUUUAUUGAUCUCUGUCAUAGGAAACUAGAUAUAUUCAACACUCUGGCUGUUAUGAAGGCACUAAAGACUGAGAACCAUUUAUUCAUGUUGAUGAUAUCGUGGACCUUUUAUCACUGAUUUGUUUCAUUAAUCAUUUCACAUGCUGUUCAUUCCUAAACAGUGCCUUUUAAUGUAACAACUCUCUACAACUACUCAUCGAUCAAAGUGUUUCCUGAGUAUAUGGCUAAAGUAAGGGGAUUCGAUGUGUGAGGCUGAGAGGAAUAGGGCUCCCAGUGCUCCCAGCAGCAAGAGUAGUGAAACCUGGAGCUGAUUUAUUUUCAUAACCAAACCGAUAUCACAGCAACUGUUAAAGACACUUUUCAGGUAUAAGCUACAGUGCAGUAACACAAUGUAAUCAGACUAGACUGUUUUUAGAGGCUUGUUUUGCUUUGGGCCCAAUCAAGUGAGCUUUAUUAUGAAUUAUUUAUUGAUAUAUCAGAGGGAAAUAAAAGUUUGAAUAUCCAA